AUGCGAGAACUCUUUGGCCCCGUAGACGACAAUUUCAAUAAGGAAAUAAAAGCUGUCAGUUUCACCUCCUUACCUUCUUCCUUUACCUGCAGUGAGGUUGAUUCCAAUAGCCAAACGACUUUACCUGCACAGGACGAGACAGUUAAAUUAUUUCGACACACUUUUUAUCUAGGAGUUGGAGGACGUUUCUACCUUGUGCAAGCAGUCCUUGGUACAACUGUGAUUCCUUCAUGUAUGCCAGGAGAAUCUGAAGAUAACUGCACAGCUCUAGUUCAGACAGAAGAUAAUCCACGUGUGGCUCAAGUGUCAAUAACGAAGUGCAGCCCUGACAGAGAUGGUUAUUGUUUACAUGGACAUUGCAUCUACCUGGUGGACAUGAGUGAAAAUCAUUGCAGGUGUGAAGUAGGUUUCACUGGUGUCCGAUGUGAACACUUCAUUUUAAGUGUCAAGCAACCCUUGAGCAAAGAAUAUGUGGCAUUGACUGUGAUUCUUGUUAUCUUGUUUCUUGUUGUAAUUGCUGGCUCCAUAUACUACUUCUGCAGAUGGUACAAACACGGGCACAGCAAAGAAUCAAAGAAAGAAUACGAAAGGGUGACCUCAGGGGAUGUGAUGUUGCCACAAGUCUGA